GAGCUAGUGCGCAGUCGCAUUAGAAGCCUGUGUCGCGGUUGCGUCAUCGCUAAGCGUCGACGCUGUGGAAGGUCCGGACGCGCUAGCGGUCUUCCUGGUCCCACCAGUACCUUCGAACGCUUGCGCACGUGCAGUCUGCCGCCUACGCGUAUCCACGCGCGGCGUCGGCUCCUGGUGAGCUCAGCGGGCCGGCUUUCUCUCCCGCAAGCGCUCAAGCGGCCGGAGCAUCUUGGCGCUCUCACGUGCUUCCGCUGUGCGUUUGCCUAGGGUCGGGCGGACUCGGGGCGCAGUGCUAGUCUUUCACCAUGCACCGGAAAAAGGUGGAUAACCGAAUUCGAAUUCUCAUUGAGAAUGGCGUGGCUGAGCGGCAGAGGUCUCUUUUUGUUGUAGUUGGGGACCGAGGGAAAGAUCAGGUGGUUAUUCUUCAUCAUAUGUUGUCCAAAGCAACUGUGAAAGCUCGACCCUCAGUCCUGUGGUGUUACAAGAAAGAGCUGGGGUUUAGCAGUCACCGGAAGAAGAGAAUGCGGCAGCUACAGAAGAAAAUAAAGAGUGGGACCUUGAACAUAAAGCAAGAUGACCCCUUUGAGCUUUUUGUAGCCGCCACAAACAUUCGCUACUGCUACUACAAUGAAACCCACAAGAUCCUGGGUAAUACCUUCGGCAUGUGUGUCCUCCAGGAUUUUGAAGCAUUAACUCCGAACUUGCUGGCCAGAACCGUAGAAACAGUCGAAGGAGGUGGACUGGUGGUCAUCCUCCUACGGACCAUGAAUUCACUGAAGCAGCUGUACACAAUGACCAUGGAUGUGCAUUCCAGGUACAGGACGGAAGCCCAUCAGGACGUGGUUGGAAGAUUUAAUGAGAGGUUUAUUCUCUCCUUGGCGUCUUGUAAGAAAUGUCUGGUUAUCGACGACCAGCUCAACAUCCUGCCCAUCUCCUCCCACGUGGCCAGCAUUGAGGCCUUACCUCCUCAGGCCCCGGAUGAGAACCUCAGUCCUGCUGCUCUGGAGCUGCAGGAGUUGAAAGAGAGCUUGCAGGACACUCAGCCUGUGGGUGUUUUGGUGGACUGCUGCAAGACCCUGGACCAGGCCAAAGCCGUCUUGAAAUUCAUCGAGGGGAUCUCGGAGAAGACCCUGAGGAGCACUGUCGCACUCACCGCUGCCCGAGGACGGGGCAAGUCUGCAGCCCUGGGCCUGGCUAUUGCUGGGGCAGUAGCAUUCGGGUAUUCCAAUAUUUUUGUUACCUCCCCAAGCCCGGAUAAUCUCCACACGCUGUUUGAAUUUGUAUUUAAAGGAUUCGAUGCUCUGCAGUAUCAGGAGCACCUGGACUACGAGAUCGUACAGUCUCUAAACCCCGAGUUUAACAAAGCGGUGAUCAGGGUCAACGUGUUCCGAGAACACAGGCAGACUAUUCAGUACAUCCAUCCUGCAGAUGCUGUGAAACUGGGUCAAGCUGAGCUGGUUGUGAUAGAUGAAGCUGCUGCUAUUCCCCUCCCCCUGGUGAAGAGCCUGCUUGGGCCCUACCUGGUUUUCAUGGCAUCUACCAUCAAUGGCUACGAGGGCACUGGCCGGUCACUGUCCCUCAAACUCAUUCAGCAGCUUCGUCAGCAGAGUGCCCAGAGCCAGGUCAGCACUACUGCUGAGAACAAGACCACUACGACAGCUAGACUGGCCUCAGCUCGGACACUGCAUGAGGUUUCCCUCCAAGAGUCAAUCCGAUACGCCCCUGGGGAUGCAGUAGAGAAGUGGCUGAAUGACCUGCUGUGCCUGGACUGCCUCAACAUCACCCGCAUCAUUUCCGGCUGCCCCCUGCCUGAGGCCUGUGAGCUCUACUACGUUAACAGAGAUACUCUCUUUUGCUACCACAAGGCCUCUGAAAUUUUCCUCCAGCGGCUCAUGGCUCUUUAUGUGGCUUCUCAUUACAAGAACUCCCCCAACGAUCUGCAGAUGCUUUCGGAUGCACCUGCUCACCACCUCUUCUGCCUUCUGCCGCCAGUGCCCCCCACCCAGAAUGCCCUGCCUGAAGUGCUUGCGGUUGUCCAGGUGUGCCUUGAAGGAGAGAUUUCUCGUCAGUCUAUUUUGAAUAGCCUAUCUAGAGGCAAGAAGGCUUCGGGGGACCUGAUUCCAUGGACAGUGUCGGAGCAGUUUCAAGAUCCAGACUUCGGAGGCCUUUCUGGUGGACGGGUUGUUCGAAUUGCUGUUCACCCGGAUUAUCAAGGGAUGGGGUACGGCAGCCGAGCACUGCAGCUGCUGCAGAUGUACUAUGAAGGCAGGUUCCCCUGUCUGGAGGAGAAGGUCUUCGAGAUGCCACAGGAAAUCCACACUGUGAGCAGUGAGGCUGUCAGCUUAUUGGAAGAAGUCAUCAGUCCCCGGAAGGAUCUGCCUCCUUUACUUCUCAAGUUGAAUGAGAGGCCUGCAGAGCACCUGGAUUACCUGGGGGUUUCCUAUGGGCUGACCCCCAGGCUCCUCAAGUUCUGGAAACGAGCUGGAUUUGUUCCUGUCUAUUUGAGACAGACCCCAAACGACCUGACUGGAGAGCACUCGUGCAUCAUGCUGAAGACCCUGGCUGAUGAGGACGAGGCUGAGCGGGGAGCUUGGCUCGCCGCAUUUUGGAAAGAUUUCCGGAGACGGUUCCUGGCCUUGCUCUCUUACCAGUUCAGCACCUUCUCUCCUGCCCUGUCUCUGAACAUCAUUCAGAACAAGAACAUAGCGAAGCCAGCCCAGCCAGCCCUAGGCCGGGAGCAUCUGGAGGCGCUUUUUCUCCCCUAUGACCUGAAGCGGCUGGAGAUGUACUCUCGGAACAUGGUUGAUUAUCAUCUCAUCAUGGACCUCAUCCCAGCCAUUUCCCGCCUGUACUUCCUGAACCAGCUGGGGGACUUGGCGCUGUCGGCUGCCCAGUCGGCUCUUCUCUUGGGAAUUGGUCUGCAGCACAAGUCUGUGGAUCAGCUGGAAAAGGAGAUCGAGCUACCCUCAGGCCAGCUGAUGGGGCUUUUCAACCGGAUCAUCCGAAAAGUUGUGAAGCUGUUUAAUGAUGUGCAGGAAAAGGCUAUUGAGGAGCAGAUGGUGGCAGUGAAGGAUGUGGUCAUGGAGCCCACAAUGAAGACGCUAAGCGAUGACCUGGAUGAAGCAGCAAAGGAAUUCCAGGAGAAACACAAGAAGGAAGUGGGGAAACUGAAGGAGAUGGACCUCUCUCAAUACAUAAUCCGUGGGGAUGACGAGGAGUGGAAUGAAGUUUUGAGCAAAGCUGGGCAGAAUGCUUCCAUUGUUAGUUUGAAAAGUGACAAGAAAAGGAAGCUGGAAACAAAACAAGAACCCAAACAGAACAAGAAGUUGAAGAAGAGAGAUAACAACAGAAAGGAGACGAAACUGAAGCGGAAGAAGUAGUGAGGCGAGGAGGCCGGCUUGUGAACUGUGUUCAGCUGAGCCGGGCCGCAGCGAGGGGCUUCAGCAGAGCAGGCCUGUCCUACAUCUGUGUGCUCCCGCUGCUCCGACAGUCUGCUAAGAACUUGGCUUGUAAGCAGCUCUGGCAUUGGCAGGGUCUGUCACUCCACCCCAGGGUCAUGUUUCACUUUGGGCCAGGUUUCUUUCAGGCUCAUUCCCACUUAUGGCUGCCGAGCUGGUUCCUGGCCUUCCUGGCCCUCCAGUACACAGCUUUCUCGGGGAGUGCUCCGUCUCGCUACAGACCUGUCCCAACACCCUGAGGCCCAGGUCAGCAGGCCCUCUCCUGUCCCUUCUGUCCGUUCCUGGCCGCAGCAUGUCUGCUGUCCUCAGACCCAGGAAGCCUGAGCCCUUGAGGUAGGCUGCAGCACCUGAGCCCCAAAUGCCUUCUGGGAGACUGUCGAGUGACAGCUGCUGGCAGAAGUGAGGGGAAGGAUCGAGGUUUUUUUUUUUUUUUUUUAUGUUUUAUUUCUUUGAGACAGGGUUUCUCUGUGUAGCCUUGGCUGUCCUGAACUUUGUAGACCAGGCUGGCCUCAAACUCACAGCGAUCCGCCUACCUCUGCCUCCCAGAGUGCUGGGAUUACGGGCGUGCACCACUGCGCCUGGCCUAGAGUAUCUAUUUUUAAUAAAGGACAUCUUGGAAAAGAC